CGCCUGUGCGUAUGUGACUUGCGCGGCGGCGUCGAGCGCGCGGGAAAGCAGGAGGGAGGCGGCGCUGAAGCGACAUCGGCGGCAUGGCGGUCCGCCUGAGCGAGGGGGCCAUCGCGUCCAUAAUGCAAGGAGAGGAUGUCGUAAACCCCAUCUUACAACUGAUUACCAUCCGUGCUAUUGCCACUGGAAAUGGCCUGCCACGUUACCGAAUGCUGAUGAGCGACGGAGUGAACAUACUUUCUUCUUUCAUGCUGGCGACGCAGCUGAACUCUCUAGUUGACCAGGGACGCUUGAGUGCUCAUGCCGUCUGCAAGAUUAACAGGUUUAUCGUUAAUGUCUUGAAGGAUGGAAGGAAAGUGAUUAUCUUGAUGGAUUUAGAUGUGGUGAAAACUGCUGAUGCAGUGGGUGGUAAGAUCGGCAAUCCAGUGCAAUAUUCAGAAGGAUCUGGGCAAGUAGGGCAGCAGCAGCAGCCCUCAGCUUUUGCAACCAACCAAGCAUCAAGCAAGCUACAGCAGCAGAAUGGGAACUCAGCAGCAGGACCUCCAGCGAAAUACAACAGCCCUCCAUCCAUGCUUGGGAAAGCAGGUGGUUCCAGCUUCCUGAACACUCCUGGAGGCUCUCAGGCCAAAGUGGUACCCAUUGCCAGUUUGAAUCCAUAUCAGUCCAAGUGGACUAUUUGUGCACGGGUGACCCAGAAAAGCCAAGUACGAACAUGGAGCAACUCGCGUGGGGAAGGGAAGCUGUUCUCCAUAGAGCUAGUUGAUGAAAGCGGCGAGAUCAGAGCCACUGCCUUCACGGACCAAGUGGACAAGUUUUUCCCCCUUAUUGAGUUGAACAAGGUCUAUUACUUCUCCAAGGGUAACUUGAAGACUGCUAACAAACAGUACACAACAGUGAAGAAUGAUUAUGAGAUCACGUUCACAAAUGAGACGUCUGUCGUACCGUGCGAGGAUGCACAGCACCUCCCCUCAGUCCAGUUUGAUUUUGUUCCCAUCAGUGACUUGGAGAAUGUAAACAAAGAUUCGAUUGUGGAUGUACUUGGAAUCUGCAAGAGCUUCGAGGAUGACAGAAAAAUUAUAGUGAAGGCUUCCAAUCGAGAAGUGUCCAAGAGGAAUAUACACCUGGUGGAUAUGUCUGGGAAAAUGGUGACAGUCACACUGUGGGGAGCUGAAGCUGAAAAAUUUGAUGGCUCUCGGCAGCCUGUGGUGGCCAUUAAGGGGGCCAGAGUUUCGGAUUUUGGUGGCCGGAGUCUGUCUGUCCUUUCAUCAAGUACCAUCAUUGUGAACCCAGACAGUCCAGAAUCCUUCAAGCUGCGUGGAUGGUUUGACUCUGAGGGGCAGCUUCAAGAAUGUGCCUCCAUCUCUAAUACACAGGGUGGGCCUGUAGCAGGUGGAAACACCAACUGGAAAACUCUGUAUGAGGCUAAAUCGGAGAACCUCGGGCAAGGAGAUAAGGCAGAUUAUUUUAGUUGUGUGGGAACAGUGGUGUAUUUGCGCAAGGAGAACUGCAUGUACCAGGCAUGUCCGUCGCAAGACUGCAAUAAGAAAGUGAUUGAUGAACAGAAUGGACUGUAUCGCUGUGAAAAAUGUGAUCGGGAGUUCCCCAACUUCAAGUAUCGCAUGAUCCUUUCAUUAAAUGUGGCCGACUUUCAGGACAAUCAGUGGGUAACUUGCUUCCAGGAGUCAGCAGAGACCAUUCUUGGGCAGAAUGCUGCUUAUCUUGGAGAACUGAAGGAAAAGAAUGAGCAUGCUUUUGAUGAGGUACUUCAGAAAGCCAACUUCACCACGCAUGAAUUUCGGAUCCGAGUUAAGAUGGAGACUUUCAAUGACGAAUCACGCCUGAAGGCUACAGCAAUGGAUGUGAAGCCUGUCAACCACAAGGAGUAUAGCAAGAGGCUGAUCAUGAACAUCCGGAAGAAUGCUGCUCAACUCGCAUAAGCAGCCUGGCAGAGCUGGACCUUCUCUCUGUAGAACAUCUCAAAACACAGGUUUCAGUUGGUUUCUUCCUGCCUGGUACAAGUUUGGUGCAAGUUCCAGCACGCUUUGCAGCUCUCUCUUUAUCAACCCAAGUGUCUCCUGUGUUUUGGAGGCAUGGCUAAGUGUUGUCAGUGGAGGAAGGAGAGGGUGCUGGCACUAAGAAAAUCCCCACAGUAGUGAUUUGCUGGCUGAGUAGAAAAUGACGUUCUGCACAAGACCUGCGGUUGUGUCUGCCACGGAGGUUCUAUUUUAUUUAGGCAGAGCUGGAAUAGCGAAAUGUCUGAUUUUUGCACCAUCCCUCCGAACAUUCUGGGAAGGCUAGUGAUGGGUUCCAUUUUAGAGAGGGUGGAAUAGGACUCUGGGAACACCCUUCCCUACUACUACAGUGUUGGCACCUCUGUGAGCACAAUCCAGGUUUCUCCCUUCUUUGUAUUCAAAGCCUUUCUUCCUGCCACAGGUACCAGGCAGUUGUUAAUGCUUGGAAUGACAAUAUGGUAGAAUUAUUAAUCAAAGACGUAUCUCUUCUAUCUGAAGAAUAUCCUUCCUUCAGGGUUUAAUAGACUGAGUCAGAUGAGCCUGAUAUUAAUCAAAAUUGUCUCUUCUGAGAGAGGCUGAUAAGCGUUGACUCUUCAUCCCUCUGGGAAAUCUAGGCAACUACAAAGCACCGCUUUAGUUUUUCACUUCAAUUAAGAUUGCAUUUUUGGGGCUGCUGACCGCACAGGUCUGCUACCUGUCCAUAUACAUUUCUUGUGUUUGUUUGCCGACAAAUACUCCUUUUGAAUUUGUUUGUGACUGAUGUGAACAAAUGGGGAAGUGGUCAUUCAAAUCGGGGAGGGUGGUUUUUUUUCCCCUUCCUUUCUCAAUAAACAAUGUUUAGCUCUUG